AUGUCAACGGAAUCCCUCAAGCGCGAGCACUGGCAAUGGGAGAACGCCAUCGCUGGUGCCGCCGCCGGAUUCGCCACCGUCGCCGUCAUGCAUCCCCUCGACGUUGUCCGAACUAGGUUUCAAGUUAACGAUGGUCGAGUUUCUCAUCUUCCCAGUUACAAGAACACCGCUCACGCAAUUUUCACCAUUACUCGCACCGAGGGAUUAAGAGGGCUAUAUGCAGGCUUUCUUCCUGGGGUUCUUGGCUCAACUAUAUCUUGGGGUUUAUAUUUCUUUUUCUAUGACAAAGCUAAACAAAGAUAUGCUAGGAGCAGAGAGGAGAAGUUGAGCCCAGGUCUUCAUCUUGCCUCAGCUGCGGAAGCAGGAGCUUUGGUUUGUUUAUGCACAAAUCCUGUUUGGCUAGUGAAGACAAGAUUGCAGCUUCAGACUCCUCUUCAUCAGACACGGCCUUACUCUGGGUUAUAUGAUGCAUUUAGGACCAUAAUGAGGGAAGAAGGAUUUAGUGCACUUUACAGAGGGAUUGUUCCCGGUCUAUUUCUGCAGGUCUCUCAUGGCGCUAUUCAGUUCACAGCCUACGAAGAGCUGCGCAAAACUAUUGUUGAUUUUAAGAGCAAGAGAAGUGAAAUACAAAAUCAAAACCCUGAUCAACUCUUGAAUUCUGUUGAUUAUGCUGUUCUUGGAGCAACAUCAAAAGUUGCUGCAAUACUCCUAACCUAUCCAUUUCAGGUUAUCCGGUCUCGAUUGCAGCAACGACCCGGUGGUAAUGGGAUACCAAGAUAUAUGGACAGCUGGCAUGUUGUGAAAGAAACUGCCCGAUUUGAAAGUGUCCGAGGUUUUUACAAGGGAAUCACGCCAAACCUCUUGAAAAACGUUCCUGCUUCUUCGAUAACAUUUAUUGUUUAUGAAAAUGUUAUAAAAUUACUAAAACUAGCUAGAAAGAAUGACUGA